AUGCUAGGAGUGGAUGUGUUUCUUUACCCUGAUGGACUGAGAAUUGCUACACCAGAGGAUAUUAGGCAAUGGGAGCUGGAGACCGCCAGCCAGGUGUCCAGCCAGGUGUCUCAGGAACCCCCUGUCCGACUCUUUGUGGCUCUUUUCCCAUACAACCCUGCUGCGAUGUCCCCAAACCCUGAGACCGCUGCGGAGGAGCUCCCUUUUGUGCCAGGACAGAUCAUCAAGGUGUUUGGAGAUAAAGACGAUGAUGGUUUCUACCACGGGGAGUCUGGUGGUCUGUCUGGUGUCGUGCCUAGUAACAUGGUAUCUGAGAUCCCAGUGGAUGAUGACUACCUCAAGCAUCAGCUCAUGCAGCAGGGUUUCCUGCCUGUCGACCACACAGAUCCCAGUGAGGAGUCCAGCGUGCUAGAUGACUUGGUCGUCCGCAGGAUGGUGGCCAUCUUUGAGUAUGACCCUUGGGAAAGUUCCCCCAACAUGGACAGCGACGCUGAGCUCGCCUUCCGUGCAGGGGACAUAAUAUAUGUGUUUGGUGAUAUGGAUGAAGAUGGAUUCUAUUAUGGGGACCUUCAUGGGCUGAGAGGUCUGGUGCCAUCCAACUACCUGGAACCACUACCAUGGGAAUAGGAUUAACAAGGAGCAUCCGAUACAUGAGAUUAUGCCAAGAAUCAGAAUCAGAUACAAUGAACAAAAAAACGUUUUCAAGGAUAUCUGAAGGGAUAUUACUGUGUCAAAGAUCAAGAUUUUGUCAUAUUUUUUCUUCUGCAUAAGUACAUGUGACCACAGAAAUCUCCUCCAGGAUUUGUAAUGAUCAUGGAAUAGGGUUUUUAUGAGCCGUGUGCAGGCUAUCACGCACAGUAACGCAGUAGACAGAUUUAGCUCUGUCCAAAUAAAUCCUAUGAACUACAAACCUUUUGGUGGACAUUUUAAGGUGCAGUAAGAUUGGCCAAAAUAAUGACAUCAUGGUUAUCGUAUUACAUAAUGCUUUGUCAGCAGCUAGGGUAUUGUAGCCUUAAAAAUAUGAUUUUUAUUCUCACUUUGCUGAUGGGGAUGUAUGUUGUAGUUAUGCCUAUAUUUGCCUUAAUACAUCUUUCGGUUCAGGAAAUAUCCAUGCACAUUUUAUCGUGAAGGCUGUGAGCAAUCUUUCCUGUUAGAGAUAUUAUUUUCUUCCUUAGUAAUAUGUACAAUUGUUUUUUAUUUUUUAUUUUGGUAAAUACCAACUGAGAUUCUGAUGGGAACA